ACCUGGUAAGUAUGUCUUCUUUGUCUGAGAUAGAGUAUGGAAUCUGAAGAAUAGCUUGUGCCAAAUUGUGAUUAAAAGAUUGAAUUGUUUGGUGUUUUCACUAUCUGUCUGCUAUAAUUAAGACUGAAAUCUAGAUAAGUUGUUGAUUUGGGCUUUGAAACAAUAAUUUUUGUAUGGGGUUAAAUUGUUUGAGCCAAAGAGUCUUGUAUGUUUUGACUUGACUUAAUUGUCUUCUUACCUUCUAGCAAACUCCUCCAAUCUUGUGAGGAAUUUAUUUCAAUAUCAGUCUUUAGAAACGUAGAAUACCUAGAAUACUUACUUUGGUAUACUUCAAAGUAAGAGGGGGCAACUUAGUUUACAAUUUCUAGUCCUAUUUUUUUUAAGAGUGUCAAAUUAAAUACUUUUAAAUCAAAGUUCAAUCACCUUGAACUUUUGAUCUACUGAUUAUCUCUCAACUAACCCACUGCAUUCUUCUUUCCAUUCUCUUUUAACCCCACAAAAACUGUACGACAACUCUAUAAAUUUCAUCGAUUAAAGUAUUGUAAAACUUAAAGCAACUAAGAGUAUAAAUAGAGACAACCAAAGUUUGAAUUGUAUUGUAGUUGAAGGUUAUUUGACUAGUAACUGGGGAGAGAGAUAAAGCACUUUAGGGGUGAUGUUAGAAGAGAAAACAUAACUGGAGAGAUUAUACUCCAAAGAUUGGAAGAUGCAAUUCGAUUAUUGUUAGAAAAAGAUGGUGCCAUAGCCAAAUAAGUUACUAUGAUAAGUUAAUUACAAAAAUAUUGUUAAAUGGAUUGAAGGAAAAAAUAACAUUAGUGGGAAUUAUGAUUCUUGAGAAACAAAACAGAAUUUAUCCACAUCUUUCAACGUAUGAAAGUGGUAUACAAGAAAGACAAAUAGUUUCUGACCAUGGGAGCAGAUUGCUUUAAAUAAAGCUAGUAGGUGGACAACUGUGGAGUUCAUCAAUCAAAUUACUUAUGCAUUCACAAUAAAGGAUAAAGAUGCUUAGUAAUAUAAGGUGUUUAUGUAAUAUAUGCAUGUAUAUAGUUGGUGAGCCAUGAAAUUGUGAUAGUUUGUAAUAUUAGGUGGAUAGGUUUACUAAAGAAAUGGAAAAUAUGUUGAAUGUGCUGAGUUGGAUUCAAUGUCCAUGUAAUCUAAGUUUUUUUUAUGACAUUGUCAAAAGGGAUUAUUAGGACUAAAUUCCCAUAAUGGUCCCCCAGAUUCAGCCCGUGCACUGAUUUAGCCCCUGAGAUUUCAAUUGCACUUUUUUAUGUCCUCCAAAUUGCGAUCCGCGCAACAUAAUGGUCCUUCAGUGAAUUUCCGGCGUGACUCAGCAACGGCCUUGCUUAUGUGGCACAGCCACUGCCACGUUGGACGUUAGAGUGUACAGAUGACGUGGAUUAUGUUGUAAAAUUUCUCAAUGUAGUUCCUGUCUUCAUUUUUAAACCCUAAAACUUCAUUGGCCUCCCCUCAAUCUGGUUCUCUCCAUCAACGUCUCCUUCUGCAUCUGUUGUGUACACCAAUAUCUGUCCCCCAUGAGAGGAACUGGGAGCCAUGUCACAGGAAGUUCCAACCGGUCAUCGUCGACGGAGAAUUGGAGAAGAAGCACAACGCAAAUUAGGCAGGGGCGGGUUCCGGGCUGGUGCGGCUGUGGUUGUCGCCCGGUGCUAAGGUGGUCAGGGAUGGAGACGCAUCCUAACAAGCCCUUCUUUGGUUGCCCCAACUAUAAUACAAGUGGAAAAAUAUGGUGUGGGUUAUUCGUCUGGACAAAUUGUGUGCAAGAGGAGCUGCCUGAAAGAGCUAUUUCAGGAGAUGAUGAUGGUGAUAGGAAGAUGAACUUUGCAUGGCGAAUGGGGAAGAUGGAGGCAGACAUUAGGAAUCUGAAAUUCAUUACUCAUGUUCUUGGAUUUGGGUUCUUAGUAGUUGUUGUUUUUGUAGGAAUGGUGCUAUUAAAGGGUUGAGAACAUGUCAAUGUAAUGUAGUUCCCAAAGUAACGAAUGAAAGUGUUAUGUGGUAACA